AUGCCAGACCUCAGAAUGAGUCUCCAAGACAUCGAUACCUUCGCCACUGUCCAUCCUUCACAGAACAAUCAAGGUACUGAGAACAAUACCGAGCCAUUUGGUGGCAAGCGUGACCAUGCGUCCGGCAAUGAUGUUCUCUCGGCUGCCGGCGUCGACAUGAGUGGUGACGACCCGAAUCUUCCUUGUCUCACGCUGAGGAUGUGGUCCAUCGGCAUAGGUUUUUGCAUCAUCGGUAGCGGAGUAAAUACCCUCUACACAUUUCGCUUCCCGUCUGUCUCCUUGUCUCAAUCGGCGAUCCAGUUCUUGGCCUAUCCCGUAGGAAAGGCCUGGGAGCUCGCCGUGCCGGAUUGGGGCAUCACGGCAUUUGGCACACGCCACAGUUUGAAUCCGUGUCGGUUUAACCAAAAGGUAGGCGCCCGAGCAUACGCCGUACGAUGGGAAUCACAAGACCCACUGAUCAAGGUGCUCCAGGAGAACAUCUUGAUCUAUAUUCUUGCCAACUUGAGCUACAUGACGCGUCUCAGUGCUGAUGUAUUGACUGAACAACGAGUAUUUUACGCAAUGGAGGCCGGUUGGGGCUUCGAGUUGAUGAUCACACUUUCCACCAUCUUGUUCGGCUUUGGCUUUGCUGGUCUUGCGCGUUCCGUCGUCGUGGAACCGCCUGAGUUGGUCUGGCCCGGCGUCCUAGGCAAUACUGCUCUCAACUCCGCUCUUCAUGGGGGGAACAGCAAGCAAAACGUUUCGAGCCACGCUUAUGCAUGGAGGUCGACGCGAUACAAGUUCUUUCUAUGGGCCUUUGCUGCUGCAUUCGUUUGGUACUGGUUCCCAGCCUUGAUAUUCCCGGCUUUGGGCUAUUUUACUUGGAUUUGCUGGAUUGCGCCAAAGCACGCCGUUGUCAACCAAGUUUUUGGCAUGAAAAGUGGCAUGGGAUUACUCCCCUUUACCUUUGACUGGAGCCAAAUCUCGUAUAUCGGUUCGCCUCUCAUCGUGCCGACUUGGGUCGUCUUCAAUAUCCUCGCCGCUGUCGUUUUCUGGAUAUGGAUCAUAACUCCAGCACUAUAUUACUCCAACACGUGGCUAUCAGCGUAUCUCCCCUUGCAGAGCAAUUCGAUCUUUGACAAUACAGCCAAGGUGUACAAUGUGUCGAGGGUGAUUGACGCGAAGAACGGGUUCGCAUUUGACGAAGCCAAGUUUGUUGCUUACUCAGACAUCCGCCCCCGCCACUUGUUCGUCGUACAGGCGGUGGGCUUGGUGGUUGGCACUGUUUCUCAAGUCGCCGUCCUGAACUGGGCUCUCAAUCAUAUACCGAACAUUUGCACCUCCAGAGCGGCCGAUGGCUUCACUUGUCCAUUCUCUCGCACCCAUUUCAAUACCAGCAUGGUAUGGGGAGCCGUUGGUCCACGCAAGUUUUUUGCUCCUGGAGCGCCGUAUCGACCGCUUCUUUGGUUCUUCCUGCUUGGAUUUACUCUGCCCAUUGUUGUAUACGGCCUGCGACGUGCAUUUCCCAACGCAAAGUGGUUGCGGCGCGUACAUGUGCCACUAUUUCUGGGUGGGAUGGGAUACAUCCCCCCGGCGUCUGGCACGAACUAUGGUGCUUGGGUUGUAGUGGGACUUAUCUUUGGGCUCCUGAUCAAGAAGAAGUAUAGACCCUGGUGGAACAAGUAUAACUUUGUGCUUAGUUCAGCGUUGGACUGCUCGACGGCCAUUGCAGGCAUCCUGAUCUUCUUCGCCGUGGUAUAUACGGGGGCAUCGAAAGAUUUCUCCUGGUGGGGUACGACGGUGCACAUGGUAAGAUGGCCCCAGGAAUUCGACGAGCUUUGA